AAUAAUAAAUAUAGUGAUAGCCCAUAUUAAGUUCGCUUGUUCCGAGUUUCAAACAGUCUGCUCACUUGACGACGCUUACUUGACUAUCUUCCCACCACUGAAGAUUUUUAAAAAUACUUUUAAAAUGCCAGUUGACGAAAAAGUAUUCCUUGAGGAUAACAUCGGAAAACGACUAGAUCGCUGUGUAUCAGAUACCAUUGUUAAAGGAUGUGGAGGACUUCUUAUUGGAUCUGCUGUUUCGCUACUGUUUUUUAGACGUCGAGCGUGGCCGGCAUGGCUGGGUACUGGAUUCGGAAUUGGUGUAGCAUAUAGGACAUGUGAAAAGGAUUUAAACACUUUAAAGUAGCAUGUAAAUAAAAAAAUGCAAUAAAUUGAAUAAGAGUUAGUUUCAUUCUGUUAAAUUAGAAUAAACAAUUAAUGUUGUAUGUAAGAAAUUAUUUUUUGACAGGAUGCUCUGUUCACUAAAUACACGAUGUCAAA